UCGAUUACGUUUAUUUUUUAAAUGAAAUUAAAUCUAUUUUCUCCCUGGUUACGUCGGUGUUAAAAUGGCUGAUCUUUCCCUAGACGAGUUUAUUCGUAAAAAAAAAGUAAAUGUAAAAAAAGUAAACAUUUUACAGAAAAGAUUAGGCACAAAGACUCCAUUGCAGAAAAAGUUACAACAACCUUUCGUGAAGGCUGCAAAUCGCCCCAUUCCACGAAAAUUUGAUGCUCGCCAAAAGCUUGGACCUAAAAACAUACUGGAUGCAAGAGACAAAAUAAUAAUCAAUAAAAAGAGUGGUGCUGGUGAUGCUCGAAAUAAAAUAGUUCAAAAACAAGUUCAAAAGGGCACAUUUGAUGCACGAUCAUUAUUACAGCGGCAGGCAAAGAAAUCCAAACGAAGAGGAAAGAGAGUUGGAAAUCUGCCAACUGAUGGACUUGUACAGUCUGGUGGUUUAAUAACUAGAACAUUGUCCAACCCUGGAGCUCAGGGUAAAGCUCAAGUUCAGGUCACUAGUAGUGGCCUCAUUGUUACACGACCCAUUCCUAGUACACAGGUUUCUAUCUCAGGAAACUCAUUGCAAGUUACCAAAAGAACAAGGCCUUUUGAAAGUGAUUUGACUGAUGCAGUUCCAAUAAUUCAAAUCCGCAAUGAUCGCUACAGACAGCCAGCUCAACAGACAGUUGUCAUUCAUGCAUCUCAGCCGUCUGGUUAUUUAUCUCAGUCUUCUGCCAAACAUUCAUCCUACCAAUCAUACAACCCACAGAACUAUUCCUAUAAUGAACCUUCUUACCCAAGUCAUCGAUCUUAUAAAGAUUAUGAUGACCCACUGUACAACCCUGCAUCCAUAGCUACAGAUGUCCCAAAAAUACAAAUUAGUAAUAUGAGGCCUGUUGAAACUUCUGCUAUAAGACCAGUUACAUAUUCAGGAGACUUUUCUUCCCAAAUAAGAGGACCGCCAGGAGCAGCUACAGUUUCCCAAGGUGCAAAAUUGCCUCUGACAAAAACUGUGUUGCAGACAACAAAAUUAACACCAACUGGUGUUAAGAGAAGGCAGGCUCAGCAGGAAGUGGCAGGUCCAUUGAGAUUAGGAAAAGGUGGUGGUCCUGGCAUAGAGAUGGGUACUGGUGAACCUUCAUUUAGCAAAAAAGCCAAAGUCAUCCCAUUAGUAAGUGACUUGGAUAUUGAGGAGUUACAGGAUGACAGAUCAGAAAUUAUAAGUCCACUCCAGGGGUUCCGUGUGAUGGUGACAAAUUUAUUUUCUGGUGUAACACAAGAUGAUAUCAUUGAGCUUUUUGGUGCAGUUGGUCCUCUGAAAAAAGCCAAGCUGUUGAAGCCUGGUAAUGCUGAAGUUGUGUAUGUGAACAAAGAAGAUGCCUUGAGUGCUAUUCAAAAAUAUCACAGUAGAGAAUUGGAUGGACAACCCAUGUACGUAAAAAUGACAACACCAAUAGCAGCAGUGGUAAAAAAAGCUGUCGGAGAUGUUGACCCUGACAUUACUGGAGAAGCUUUAAGAUUAUACAAGAAAGGCAGUGGCAUUGGAUCAUUGCCAGAAGCGGCAGUUGAAACAGCCACAAUUCAUAGAGCAUUGUUUAAAGCAGGGCCUCCUGGGCCAAAUAAAUCAGUUAGAUUCACUGUCAAAAUAUAAAUCCAGUUAAAGUAGGAAACCCCUUUUUUGUGGCUCAACAUAACAUAUUGCAGAAUAGUUUGACUCAUUUAAUGCAAAAUGAUACAUUUGGCCAGGCUAUAAACUCAUGUUUUUAAAUAUUCUGUUUUAAGUAUGUAAAUAUUAGCUGCAGUAUAACAAGAUGAUAACUAAAUACAAUUUAAAAUACAUUGGAAUUAAUUUAGCUAUACAUUUUUUGUAAGUGUUGCUGUUAAUAGUAAAGUAAUAAGUUAAAAUUUUAUAAACAAUAUUCUCAUUCCUGUCAUGACGCAAACAUUUUGAUGAGGAACAAUGUUUCUAACAAUAAUUGUGAAUGAUUUUUUUUUGGCGGGGUUAUUACAGGGAUUGUCUUUUAAUUCAAGGUUUUAAUUUUUAGGAUCCCUUUUAUGCUAUCAAUGGAAACAUUUUAUUUUCAUUAAAGGAUUUAAAUUUAGAUCACUUAAUUGACUAAAGUCUCACUAAGUUUGAACUAAAUUACCAUUUUUUUUUUACAAGAAAUGCAAAGUUUUAAAUUAGUUUUAUGCAAUUUUCUAUCAGUUAAAAUUCACUUUAAAUUUAUAAGAAAGCAGUGUUUUGUUUAUUUAUACUAUAAUCAACUUAAUAUUAAAAAUCUUUGAGUCAUUUAUUUUUUGUUUAACCCCUAAUAAUGUUAAAGUUAAACUAACACUUUUUAAAAUAAAUUAUAGGUUUUGGUUUUUCUAGUGGUUUCUAUUAGAUCCUUUUGAUUUAUGGUAUAAAAACGUGCUUGCUAGAGUACAGGGACCAGAAAAGCACAAGUGGAAUCUUAAUAAAUCUGUUUUAUUGCAGUAACAGUAUUGUCAUUUCUAAAGUAAAUGCAAUAAAGUUUAUGAAUAUUUUUCAAUCA